CCUCUCAGAGGGUCUGCAGGAAAUACUUCCCAUCAACCAUGGAACUGAUAAAAGCAGCUGUGACUCUUCUUCUGUGCUCCCUGAUACACAACACAGGAUCUGUUCCUGUUUGGGAUGGACUCGCCAACUAUCGACAAGGAGCUACACUAAAUGACCAACAAGAUGUUAUGUCUACUCUGCAAAGAAAUGAAGACCCUCCAUGUGAGUUAAUUGGGGAGCCUUUGAACCCAGCACCUCCACCUCCAAAGUCUGUCAAUGAACCAAAACAGGAGCCCCGUCCUCCUCCACCUAAUAUCUUCUACCAGCACAUGCUGCCUUAUUACGUCCUCCAGUAUCCGGGCAGAAGAGGGUCUUAUGCGUAUGGUCAACAUGCCACUUACCCCAAGUAUAUUCAAGCGGGAGGUCAGCUUCUUCCACACUCAGGUUAUGGUGGGUCUGGCUACCUCCCGGUUUCUCAAUAUCGACCCCUCCCAGCGGUCCCUCAAAGCAAUCCAAAAGGAGAUCAGAGACCUCCCCCCCCGGCUCAGAGGGUUCAAUCUUCAUCCAGUGAAUCUUCAUCCAAUAGUGACGGUGACUGAGCAGGUGCUGCUGGAUGAGACAGCUACAAGUAUACCGAUUGUAAAUUAUUAACUGAAUUGACACA